GCAUUCAACAACGGAGAUGCCAUUGGAACCCCGUGCUUCAUAUGCAGCAGUUCUUUUCUAUUGCUGAGGUUUCCUAUGCUCUUCAACAGGUGGCCUGGAGAUGUAGGCAAAGGCACUACGAUCACACGAAAGUUGGGGGAAAGGAAUUUAAAAGGCCCAACUUUGGCUUUAAGGGGCAUAGGAUAGAUGUUUCCAAAGAAAUACAGAACUCUGGGGUGGAUUGUGAUGGGGAUUCGACUGUGUCUGCAGUUUCCGAGAGAAAUGAGAAAGGGAGUGAGAAACACGAGGAAUUUAAUUCUUGUGUUGAGCUAGGGAAGGAUGGGGAUAAAGGUUCGGCUGUGACAGAGGAUAGAAAAGAUACUGGUUCUAGACGACAUGCUGAUAGCAGCUUAAAAAGGUCAGAGAGUUCAAAGAAAACUACGCCUAGAAAUACCGAACCUGGAAGUGAGGAUGUAAACGGUGGAUGCACAUCAAACUACAAAGGUACAUCCUUUUACUUUGGUGAUGUGUUGCUUUUAACUUAUGUUACAUGGACUUGGCUACAACUAUCUAUUAGGGGUAUGUAUUUGAAUGCCUGACUCUCCUUUCAUCCGAAGU